AUGGAGAACUUCCAAAAAGUGGAAAAGAUCAGAGAGGGCACGUACAGAGUUGUGUACAAAGCCAAAAGCAAGUUGACGGGAGAAGUGGUGGCGCUUAAAAAAAUCCUCCUGGACACUGAGACAGAGGGUGUGUGUACCCAGUACUGCUCAAGGAGCUUCAUCACCCCAAUAUUGUCCAACUGCUGGAUGUCCUUCACACAGAAAACAAACUCUACCUGGUUUUUGAGUUUCUGCACCAGGAUCUCAGUUCAUGGACGCCUCUGUGCUCAUUGGCAUUCCUCUUCCCCUCAUAAAGAGCUACUUGUUCCAGCUGCGCCAGGGCCUAGCUUUCUGCCACUCUUAUCGGGUCCUGCACCAAACCUCCAACCUCAGAAUCUGCUUAUCAAUGCAGAUGGGUCCAUCAAGCUAGCAGACUUGGGACUAGCCAGAGCUUUUGGGGUCCCUGUUCGUACUUACACUGAUGAGAUGGUGACCCGCCAGGCCCUGUUCCCCGGAGAUUCUGAGAUUGACCAACUCUACAGGAUCUUUCGGACCCUGGAGAGCCCAGAUGAGGUGGUUUGGCCAGGAGUUACUUCUAUGCUGGAUUAUAAGCCAAGUUUCCCCAAGUGGGCCAGGCAAGAUUUUAGCAGUGUGGUGCCAGAUGAAGAUGGAUGGAGCUUGUUACCACAAAUGCUGCACUAUGACCCUAACAAGCGGAUUUCAGCCAGGGCAGCUCUGGCUCACCCUUUCUUCCAGGAUGUGACCAAGCCAGUGCCUCACCUUCGACUCUGA